AUUCGUGACGUUUACGUGACGAAGUUAAAACUGGCCUGCUUUUUUAUUACGGUAUACGCAUGCACGGAGAACGGGAUGUGACCACAGGAGCGCAGUGACUGAAGCUGCGCCUCUACGAUGGAACCUGGACGUUAUGUCGCUAGACUAAACCAGUUUCUUCAGAAAAGACAUUGUGAUGCAGUGGUAGAGUAUUUGGAGUGCGGCGAGGAUGGCCCUCCCCAUGAAAAAAUUUUCACCCAAAGAGUCCGACUUAACGGGGUCGAGUAUCCAGAUGGGGUCGGGAGGAGCAAGAAGGAGGCUAAAAAUGUUGCUGCUAAAUAUGCCCUGGAAUGUUUGGAGGGCCAACAAGACACAGAUAAUGCAGAGAUAUUAUCGUCCCCUCAAUCCAACACAUUCACAGGGGCAAAUUUCGUAGGACUUGUCAACCACUACUGUCAGGUUAAACACCUCCACCCCAAAUAUGAUGAAGAAUGGAAAUCUGGGCCGUCUCACAACCCUCAAUUCUUGUGCAGAUUAGUUAUUGAAAACAAGGAGUAUCCUGUAUGCGAAGGUAAGAACAAAAAGGAAGCCAGACAACGUGCAGCUCAUCUGGCCUGGUCUGCUCUACAGGAGCAGUCUGACUUUGACAGUAAGGUGUCACUCAGGUCAACAUGUUCAGACGACAGUGAAUCAGCAACUACAUCAGAGCCUCUUGUGUCAUCUGAUGCAGCAAUGGAUAUAAGUGACCCUGUAACGUCAAAAGAUUCAUCCAAGGACCAGAGUAUGGAGCAAAGUGUCAGUGAUCCAUCCGCCCAGUCCAGAUUCACAUCAGACUUUGAUUCCAUGGAGCGUCUCGGUAAAGGAGGCUUCGGUUCUGUUUACAAAGUCAGAGAUAAAAUGUUGAACAAGUACUGGGCCGUGAAGAUUGUCGCCUAUCAUGAAAAAGCUCUUGAUGAGGCAAAGAUAUUAUCAGACCUCCAAAACAAACACAUUGUUCGAUACUAUCAUUGUUGGAAGGAGGAUUCAAAGUAUGAAGAGGAGAGGGGAGACAGAAGCACCUACUGCUCUGAGUCUGCCAGUACAUCAAACAUGUCAUCAUCACAGUACCUCUACAUUCAGAUGGAAUUAUGUGACUCAAAAACACUUAGAAACUGGAUAGAUGAGAGAAAUCAGAGGACUGAGCACGUCUCCAAGAGAAGCGAAGACAGUCUGAAGAUUGCUCAACAAGUCGUCACUGGAGUGGAGUACAUUCACUCUAAGAAGCUGAUUCACAGAGACCUGAAGCCUGAUAACAUCAUGUUUGGGGGCGAUGGAGCAGUAAAGAUCGGAGACUUCGGUCUGGUCACUGCUGAGAUGCAUGACAGCCGUGAGACCUCGCUGGAGAGAACACUUCACAAAGGAACCCCGUCUUACAUGGCUCCAGAGCAGAAGAUUGAUCCAAAGUACGAUCACAAGGUGGACAUAUUUGCUUUGGGGUUGAUUUACUUUGAAGUUAUUUGGAAAAUUUCAACUGUACAUGAAAAAUUUGAGAUUUGGGAGAACGUCAGAAGUUCCCCAAAGGCUUUACAGAGACAUUUUUCAAAGAGGCACCAAUAAUAAAGCUGAUGCUGAGUGAGAGGCCGGAACAACGACCUGAAGCACGUUCUGUGAAGAGAGAGAUCGAAAUGUUGACUCAGCAACAUCUGGGACGCGUGACUGUCUGAGGCUGAGAAUUUGGAAACGUAUUUGCCCUGAUGCCUGUGAUGUCGUCCAAUGAAAUUACGGGAAUUUAUACCCAAAUCAAUCAAGCAAAGGGACCAAAUCUAACGGUUUUAAUAGUAUUUAGCUAAACACAAAAUCAGCUUGUAGACAUUUCUGUCUGGAUUUAGUUUUAAAUAAUUGCAUUUGUUGGGAAAUUUGUAUUUGAAUUUACUAUAAAGUAACUUUUACUUUAAAAACCAGUGGCCUUAUGGCUCAGUGGGUACAACUUUGGCCUGGGAGGCAGGAGGUCGCCCUCAGAACCCAUGUAAUCCAUCCAGGCGUGUCCUUGAGCAAGUCACUUCACAUUAGCUCUCUGAGCGCCGCAUGUGUGGCUGCUCGCUGCAGAACGAUUUCCCCAAGGGAUCAAUAAAGCAUGACUUAUCUUAAAAUAUU